AUGUUCACCUGGCACAGCGAUCUGCACUCGUUGUACGACCUCUUGAAAGAAGAAAAAGACUGGGAAGAGCUGCAUCGUCAAUAUCUGACCCAGCUCAAUCAUGUGAGCACCGUGCAAGGACUCGUGCUUGCCACUUCGGCGGUUUUUAUCUCCUCAAAUCCACCACUUGCGCAAGAUGUCGACUACACAUCUCAUGCAUCUUACGCCUGUUUGGCGGAGUCGCUUGUCUUCUCGUUGUUUGGGCUAUUGCUCCAGCUGAAGGUAUCUGCCUCUGGAAUUCUUUUUCAAAAACCUAGUACUGCAGAAAUCAUAAUUGAAAGGCGCUGGAGAAUAUUCUGGCACCUCCUGGGUUUGGCAGUGCCAAUCAUUACCUUUACCAUGUCAGUGGCGCUGUUGCUCAUAGCCAUCGUGCUCACAGGGUUCUCGUCUCACUCCGAAACUGUCCAACUUUAUCUGAGCAUAACAUUUGCUUUCCUUGGCGCUUGUCAAUUGGUGGCGACUCUGGCUUCACCAUUCUACUACUGCGUCUGCAAUGUUCGCGGCAGGAGUGGUAAAGAAUCUGAAAAUGCGGGCGGACCUUGAAUAUUAUAGGUCAGUUCAGAGAUUCUGCAAGGAUACUAGCAGGUGUUCUAGUAGCCAUCAAUUACUCCUCCAAUUGGACAUUCAGUGAUGUCGUUCGUUCUACGAGUCUAAAUAGCUCAGAUUCAGUCGCUGCUCUACAUUGUACAUUCUAAAUGCAAUUUCUUG